AUGUCGCGGCAUCCACUCUUGCUCAUGCGCUCGUCUCCCGCGCUGGGGACCGGUUCCUAUGGCACUGUGCCGAUGGUCAACUCUGGCUCCGCGUCCGAGCCGAGCUCCGAAGACGAAGACGAGGUGAGGAGUCAACGGAGAAGUUACAAGAGUCGCGGGAAGAGAGUACAAUCUGCGCAUAAUCUCCGUGGUGAUCACGGCCAGUCCUCAGAUCCUCGGCGGCGGUACCGCAGUACGGAAUGGCUGCGCCGAAGGUCGUCUUCUGCGGCCAGUGACAUUGGAAUGGGGCUCGAUUCGAAGACCUCGUUCGCCGUCAAUCCGGCCAUUGCCGAGCACAAGGCCGAGUCUUCCAACGCGAGCACACGAACGGGAAGCGGGGAUGAGAUCGAGGACGAGUAUAUUCCCACAGAGGAUGAUCCCCCAGAUAACUCUCCUUAUCCUGAGGUUCGAGCUUCAGUGCCGGCAACUGAUAAUACCUCGUUAUCUAUCAACACGCCUCGCAUGUGGACGCUGUCCUUGCUUUUUGCAAUAGCAGGGUCGGCAACGAAUCUUUUCUUCUCACUAAGAUACCCCAGCGUCGCCAUAACACCCGUCAUUGCUCUGGUGCUGGUUCAUCCCUUGGGCAAACUAUGGGAUCUUGCGUUCAAGAGACGAGGCGAUUCAGAACGCAUGUUUGUCGAGGGUACGCGCCAACCGGAUGAACACCAACACCUGCACACACGGACAGAAAAACUGCGUCUAUGGCUGGCCCAAGGUCGGUGGAACGAAAAGGAGCACGCCUGUGUGUACAUCAGUAGUAAUGUAUCGUUCGGCUUUGCCUUUGCCACUGAUAUCAUUGUCGAGCAACACAAGUUUUACAAACAGACCGUUCCGAUCCUAUAUCAGCUCCUGCUCACUAUCUCGACCCAGAUUCUGGGUUACGCCUUUGCCGGGCUGACAAGACGCUAUCUGGUCCGCCCGGCAGCAAUGAUAUGGCCUGGCACCCUCAUGUCAACCGCAAUGUUUACCACAAUGCACAAGGAUGAAAACAAAGCCGCCAACGGAUGGACGAUUUCACGAUACCGAUUUUUCAUCUACGUUUGGGCCGCCGCAUUUGCAUGGUAUUUCGUUCCUGGACUGCUGGCCCCGGCAUUGAGUUAUUUCAACGUCGUCACCUGGUUUGCGCCGAAGAAUGUCGUCAUUUCCAACCUGUUUGGGGUUGCCUCGGGAUUGGGACUUUUUCCCGUGACAUUCGACUGGGCGCAAAUUGCCUAUAUUGGCUCACCUCUAUUGACACCAUGGUGGGCCGCCGCGAAUGUUGUUGGUGGCCUUGUCCUGGUGAUGUGGAUUAUUGCGCCUAUCCUGUACUACAAGAACGUCCUCUUCUCGGGAUAUCUUCCCAUCUUGUCUUCGGCGGUUUUUGACAACACGGGCAAGCCAUAUGAUGUCAGCAAAAUUCUGACGCCAGAGUUUUUGUUCAACAAGGAAGCCUACGACAAUUAUUCCAAAGUCUACCUGCCCAUCACUUAUGUUCUGUCGUAUGGAGUACAAUUUGCGGCGCUUGCGGCAUUGAUCAGUCAUACAACAUGCUGGCAUGGCCGGGAUAUCUGGCGACAGUCUAAGCAAGCUUUUAAUGAAAGACAAGAGAAGCCCGCGGUUGGAUAUGAGACCGUCCCGACUUCGGAUGACAAUUACAGUCGUCGCCGAAUUGAUAGCUUGACUGUGGUCGCCAGCGGUGAAGAUGUUCACAACCGCUUGAUGAGGAGGUAUGAGGAUGUGCCAAUGUGGUGGUAUGCCGGCACCUUUGUCACCAUGUUGGCGGUCGGGAUCUUCGUGGUCGAAUAUUACCCAGUGCAUCUGCCAUGGUACGGCCUUUUGACGGCCCUGGGGAUUACCACGGUCCUCUUCAUACCCGUUGGGAUCGUCAUGGCUAUCACAAAUCAACACAGCAGCCUAUACCUGAUCUGUCAGCUCAUAUGUGGUGUCAUGUUUCCCGGCCGACCAGUGGCCAAUAUGGUUUUCGUCACCUACUGCUACAUCAGUUCAGCUCAAGGGAUCAAAUUCUCGUCCGACCUAAAACUGGGUCAUUACAUGAAAAUCCCCCCCAAAUUGCUGUUCAAGGUGCAGAUGGUCGCCACCCUAGUUUCCAGCUUGGUCCAGAUUGGCGUUCUCAAUUGGAUGUUCGUCAACAUCCCAGGCAUUUGCACGCCCGAGGCGAUCAACGGGUUCAAUUGCCCCAUCGCUCGAGUUCACUUCAACGGCAGCAUUCUCUGGGGCGUGGUCGGACCACAACGGUUCUUCGGGCCGGGAGCACUUUAUCGACACUUGGUCUGGGCGUUCUUGCUCGGCUUCAUCGCGCCCAUCCUGAUAUGGGUCAUGGGGCGAGGCCAAAAGAAGACGGUCUGGAGGAAAGUCAACCUCCCCGUUCUCUUUGGGAGUCUGAGCUGGAUUCCUCCAGCCACCGGUCUGAACUUCUCCGUCUGGGCAGUGGUCUGCUUCGCGUUCAACCACCUGGUGAAGAGACGGGCAUCGGCGUGGUGGGGCAAAUACACCAUGACCAUGUCGGCCGCUUUAGACUCGGGGCUGGCCUUCUCGCUCGUGGUCGUCUUUUUUGGCUUUGUAUAUCCCGGCUGGAUGGACAACUUCAGAUGGUGGGGCACGGAGAUCUACAAGCAGGGCUGCGACUGGCGGGCAUGUCCAUGGCUCAGUCUCCAACCUGGCGAGAAGUUUGACCAGUGA